UAGUACGUGCUUGUCAAUGUUUAAUAGAUAACAAAAUAAUAAGGUAGAGGUAACGAUAGAUGCAUACAAAUAUUUACACACAUUUAAUUACACGUUCUUGUGACGUUUAAACCAUUGCUGUUUCAAUGUCAAAAACUAAAUUGUUUGUUUAUGGCACUCUUAAAAAGGGCCAACCAAAUCACUAUUUUAUGGAAUCUCUUACAUCAGCUACAUUCGUUGGAAAGGGGAAAACCGUCUCUGUACACCCACUAGUGAUUGGGAAAUCAAACCUACCUAUGUUGAUUGACCAUAAAUCUUAUGGAAAGCAAGUCAACGGCGAGGUUUACGAAGUUGAUGCUGACGAUCUACGUGAUCUUGACCGCUUCGAAGGACAUCCUGAUUUUAACAAUCGACGUGAAAUAGACAUUUUAGUUUCAUAUGGUGAUAAAAACGUGGUUGAAAAAUGUGCGACAUAUUUCAUUACCAACUAUGCACCUGAGAUGUUGCAACAGAGAUGUUACGAAAAUUAUGACAGUUAUGCUGAUCACGGCAUUCCGUAUGAUAUAAGUGAAAACCCAAACCAUCCGGACAAUGUUCAGUCAUCCAGCCAGUCGUCAUAAACAUAUUUUAUAAUUGUUAAUGGCAUGGUUUUUAGGUUUAACGAUAAAACGAUGAGGUUUAGGUUUAAA